CACAAUUAGAGUUUGAUAGCAAUUGCGACCGGACAGGCACGUAUUAUAGUACUUAACUUCCAGUUGUGCCUCCUUGAUCUCUUGCAAGCCCAUUCUUGGCAAAAAGCAUCCACUCGGAGCGUCAGGCUUGUUGGAGAACCUGAUAGUAAGUUUAGAAAUGCAAGCCGAUUCUGCCGUGCCCUCGGAGGUAACAUGACUAGAUCAGCCUGGAGGUUCGUCUCCCUCUUGUGUGUUGGCCUCGAUUGGAAAGUGCAGAACAUCCCGAACGCUCAUACUGGUGAACGCUGACAAUGAGCCCAUCGUAUAAGUAGUACUUGCAAAUUGUGCAAGCGAGUGUAGAAUGAACGGCUGUUGCCGAAGGGGUGCUAAAUGUUCGCGUCUGCCAUUUCAAGUUGAAUACAGAGAUGUCAUGAGUAGCUAUAGCAUUCGAGCACUUCUUCUGCUCUGUGGCCUAAUUUCACUUACAACGCAAAAACAAGUUCCAGACGCCUUCAGACGUCCCCCUAGUGAAGCAGUGGACAAUGUUAAUCCGCUUAUUGGCAAUGGCGGGGACACCCCAAAUGGAUCCGGAGGUAUGAUUCCCUCAACUUCACCCCCGUUUGCCAUGACACGAUGGGUUGCCCAAACAUCCGAGAACUACGUAUCUGUCACUCCAUACAAUUACACUGCGACAUCAAUCCAUGGCUUUCAAGGAACCCACCAACCAGCCAUCUGGAUGGGUGAGAGCGGUCAAGUGGUAAUAUCCCCAGGCGCAGGCCAGGUGCAACCUAAAUUCAACGAUCGAGGCAUGAGUUUCACUCACGAGAACGAAAUCAUCACUGCUAGUUACUACAGCGUGAACUUGAAUGCCAUUGAAGGGGGUCAAAUUUUAGCCGAACAAAGUUCUACUUCUCGUGUCGGACACCUCCGAUUCACGUUCACUGAUACCCGCCAGCCUUACGUGCUUGUUGAAGCUACUCGGGCUAGCGUUCUUGGGUCUUCAGACCCUCAUAACCUGACUUUCCCUCACGGUUCCAUAUCCAUCAAUCCCGACACCCGCGAAAUAUCUGGCAGCAACCCUGAACGCCAGGACUUCAUCAUCGCGCCUGUCUCGACUCCUGCAAAACAGUGGAGUGGAUAUUUCUGUGCACGUUUCGACCAGCCUUUUGCCUCAUGGGGCAUUUCGAAAAACAACACUCUUCUUGGUGGCCAGACAAGCGGCAACGGCACGCUGCUAUCAGGAUAUGCUACAUUCUCACCCGAAGUGGUGGAAGUCAGUGUCAGGAUCGGUGUUUCAUUCAUUUCUGUUGAGCAAGCUAGAAAGAACUUGGACAUGGAGAUACCCGAUGGGAAUACCCUAGAAGACACGGCGACAAUGACGCGAUCAGCAUGGGCUGAGAAAUUGGAACUAAUCAAGAUUAAAGGUGCUUCCGAGGAUCAACUGCAAACUUUCUACACUGCGUUUUUUCAUACAUUGCAGUAUCCUUACGAGCAGAGCGAAGAUGGUCAGUACUACUCGGGAUACGAUGAUGCUGUGCAUGAGGGAGUGUCAUAUACCGGAUACUCGAACUGGGACACGUAUCGCGCCGAAUGGGCAUGGCUUAUUUUGUUCGCGCCCGAUAGGAUACCAGGUAUGGUACAGAGUAUGCUGCAGGACUACAAGGAGGUGGGUGACAUUACGACUUGUUCAAAGGAAGUUAUUUUCAGCCACAACACGCAGGGCGGUCGGCUCCCGAUGUGGAAGAACAUCAUUGAGACAAAUAUUAUGGUCGCGACUCAUGCGGAUUCUCUCAUUGCAGAGGCUGUCUUGAAAGGAAUGACUGGGUUCGAUUUGGAGACUGCAUGGGAGGCAGUGUAUAACGAUGCAACAGUGCCUCCGGUCAAUGAUACAACCACUGUAUACUUUGAUCGUGAGGAAAAUGUCGACUAUGAAGUUCGUGCUGGCUUGACUUCGGUUUAUGAAGAGAAAGGCUGGGUUGCAGACGACAUCCAUUCCGAGUCAGCGUCUCGAACCCUAGAUUAUUCUUAUGACGAUUUUGCCGUGUCUGUCCUCGCAGGUCUCCUCAAUAAAAGCGAAGAAGAACAGUUCUUCCGAACGCGCUCGCUGCAAAAUCCCUUUACCAUCUUCAACUCACUCACCGGCUUUAUGGAAGCGCGCAACGCAAGUGGCGCAUGGGCCGGUCCCGAUAACGGUUGGACGGAAGGCGAUAAAUGGGCUUAUACGUUUGACGUAGUGCACGAUACACCAGAACUGAUCGCUCACAUAGGCGGCAAUGCGACGUUUGUGGAUUUUUUGGACGAGCACUUUGACGGAGGUCACAAUGAUCAUACCAACGAGCCGUCUCAUCAUAUACCCUACCUGUAUUCCCUCGCUGGAGCUGCGUCAAAAUCUCAAUCACGUAUCCGCCAGAUCGCAGAGUCAGACUACAACGCUUCCGUCAAUGGCCUCUCUGGGAAUGAAGAUUGCGGCCAGAUGAGCGCAUGGUAUCUGUUCAGUGCUUUGGGAUUUUACCCUGUAAAUCCUGUGUCGGGGUUGUACGUGGUCGGGUCUCCAUUUUUUGAUCAAGUAGAGAUCCAAUUCCCAUUAGCCAACGUCACCAGCCUCAAAAUCAUCUCAAAGGGCGCACCAUCAAAGCCAUUCGUAAACUCGUUCACCAUCAAUGGCGAGGAUAUACCCAGCCCCAUUAUCUCGCACAAUCAACUACUCGACGGGGGCAGAUUUGAGUUCAUAAUGUCCAGUCGACCACAGGCCUGGGGGAGUAGCACACUGUUCCCGAAAGACAACACGGAUGUAAUCAGCAAGCAGGAGAAAUCAGCGCAAUAUUAUGUAGCGCAAACACACCUCGAGUUGCGUUAAGGACACCCAUGGUUCUUGACCAGGCGUCAACGAGUUGGGUUUCUGAAAGCCACCAACGGCAAAUCAUUCAUGCUGUGUCACUUGUGAGCUACAAC